AGCUGGACUUUCCUCCCACAGCCAUGAGCUCCGGAGCAGCAGCAGGGCCGAUCUUUGCCGAGGGUGAGGAUUGCAGGGCGGCCUGGAGGGAAGCCAAGGCUGGCUACGAUGAGCCCGAUGCCCACCUGGAGAUCCUGGGCAAGCCGGUGAUGGAGCGCUGGGAGACGCCCUACAUGCACUCGCUGGCCACCGUGGCUGCAUCCAAGGGCGGCCGCGUGCUGGAGGUGGGGUUUGGCAUGGCCAUCGCCGCCUCCAAGGUGCAGGAAUUCGGCAUCGACGAGCACUGGAUCAUCGAGUGCAACGAGGGCGUUUUCCGGCGCCUGGAGCAGUGGGCCAAGGCACAGCCGCACAAGGUGGUGCCCCUGAAGGGGCUCUGGGAGGACGUGGUGCCAACGCUGCCGGACGGGCACUUCAGUGGGAUCCUGUACGACACCUACCCUCUGUCAGAGGACACCUGGCACACGCAUCAGUUCAACUUCAUCAAGGGCCACGCCUUCCGCCUGCUGCGGCCAGGAGGGGUCCUCACCUACUGCAACCUCACCUCGUGGGGGGAGCUGCUCAAAACCAGGUACAGCGACAUCGAGAAGAUGUUUGAGGAAACCCAGGUGGGGCCGCUGCUGCAGGCCGGGUUCAGGAGGGAGAACAUCAGCACGAGGGUGAUGGAGCUGCAGCCGCCCCCCGAGUGCCGCUACUACUCCCACCCCAGGAUGAUCACCCCCACCGUGCUCAAACACUGAGGGGU